CAACCAGCCAUUUGCACCCAGCAACGUACAGCUAGCUAGCAGGCAGCAGCACAUAGCCUCCGAUUAUUCAGCUGGAGGUCGGUCUGUGUGUGCGUGCAUGGGGCAUCACUCCUGCUGCAACCAGCAGAAGGUGAAGAGGGGGCUCUGGUCCCCUGAGGAGGACGAGAAGCUCAUCAGGUACAUCACCACCCAUGGCUACGGGUGCUGGAGCGAGGUCCCCGAGAAGGCCGGCCUACAACGCUGCGGGAAGAGCUGCCGGCUGCGGUGGAUCAACUACCUCAGGCCGGACAUCCGCCGAGGCCGGUUCACGGCGGAGGAGGAGAAGCUCAUCAUCAGCCUGCACGCCAUUGUUGGCAACAGGUGGGCCCACAUUGCCAGCCACUUGCCCGGGCGGACGGACAACGAGAUCAAGAACUACUGGAACUCGUGGAUCAAGAAGAAGAUCCGGAAGCCGGCGAUGAGCACGACGACGACGAGCUCGGCCGUGACGGCGGCGAGCCCUCCGUGCAGCACGGCGGCGUCGGACGCGGCGCUUGGUCGUCACCUGCAGACGCCGUUCAGCGCGGCGGAGCACCGGCUCGACGCCAUCCUCAGCCAGAGCCUUGCCUUGCCGCCGCCGAAGCUGGGCUCCGGCGGCGGCGGCGGCGGCGGCCAAGAGUCCCCGCCGCUGCCCCCGCACUGCCCCUUCUUCAUGUUCGACACGAGCGUCAGCGUCAGCCCGCCGUCGCCCGCGGCCGCUGCAGCACACCACCUGCAGCACCCGUUCCUCACUUUCACGGCGGCGGCGAUGGACGACAACGCGCCGAUGGGCUUCCAUCUGCCGCCCUUGGUGGACGGCAUGGGAAUGGGCAUGCCAGCAGCCAUGGACUGCGGCGCUCUAGGCCAUGACCACCGCGUUGCCGGCGGCAACAACAAUGGUCAGGCGGCGGCGGCGGCGGCCGGCAUGGCGAACGGCUGCUGCUACGGGCAGCUGCAGAAGCAGCAGGAGGAGGAGCAGCAGCCGUCGCUGGGGCAGGAGGACCAGUGGGACGACGAGUCGGCGCGGCACCUGCUGAUGUGGGACGAUGACCAAGAACUAACACCGUCCAACCUGGAAGCCAUGGAAAGUACAGCUCACUCCCUCCUUUUUAUGGGACCAAAUGACCAUACAUGACGAAAAAGCUAGCUUAUUAUUGGUGUGCAUGCGCAUCUAUCCCCCUCUCUUCUUGAUCUGAUCUGCUACCUCUAGCUCUCUCACCCGAUCUGCUGAUCUGUGUCCAUACAUGCAAUAAUGAGGUUGUUGUCCAAGGAGCAUAAUUUAUUUUUGCUGGAUUUUUCAUUUUUCUCAUAUUGAUUUAACCUUUAUUUUUUUUGGUUUUUGGUUUGGGCUUUGUGGAGUGAAUUGAAGACUAAAAGGCUAAGAGUGUGCGUGUUAAAUGGGGUUUUAUUUUUUGUAAAGAGGAUUUGCAUGCUCUUGCAUGGCGUUGCGCUUGGAGUGUAAUUUGAUUGAUGUAUCUAAGUGAAUUUAAAAUAAGGAAGAUGACACUAAAAGAGAUCGAAAGGGAGUCACGCACCCCUUUUCC